AUGGAAGCAGAGCAGCGGUCCUUAUUCCUCCGCUCCCUGAAGGUAGCACAUCAACGACCAGGUGCACCUCGUUUAGUAAUCAGGAGAAUCACCUGGGCGACAGAGGAGGGAGAGGACCAACGGAGAAGGGAGGAGGAGAGGAGGGUUUCUGAUGGACAGAAGGUCUCAGAGAAGAGCGAGUCCUGUCCUGGUGAGUCGACUUUAAAGAAAAUAUGACGACUUUAAAGUUUGAGAUGUUGCAGAAACACUUCACUCUUGGUUCCUGUUCAUUUGAUUCUCCGUCCAGCUGACACAAGAGCGCCACAUUUCCCAUAAAAUAAUGACCUAGACUAUUUUUUUUUAAUAAAUAGAGUCUGGGCCAUGUCAAUGAUGAGAAGUAAAAUCGAUUUUGGUGCUUUUUAAAAAAUUUUUGUAGAGCCAAUUUCUGUAUUUUAGCUCCACCCACCCGACUCUGUCCCCAAAACAGACAUGCAGAUAAGAGUUCAUAAAAUAAUCAUUUUUAACCUUUUUUUUUUUUGACUCAGAUCCCUUCAACAACUUCAUCCCGGACUAUUAAAGAAAUAAUAAAUUAAAAAAUUCGAUGUAUUACCCUUUUUAUACGAGUUAUUGUGCGCCGUGUCGUAAGGCUUGUAUUUAUUGAUAAAGUGUGAAACGUGUUUUUUUUUUUUUAUAUGUAUAUAUAUAUAGUAGAAUAAGAACUCUCACCCAUUUGACACCCUAAUCUGUACAAACGUGACUGUCAGCUCAAAGUAAAGAUGACAAAAUGACACCGAGGGUUAAAAAACACUUCGUAUUCGUCCCUGCUCUCACGUUUUACCACACACGCCGAGUUUCUCCUGAAAUCCUGCACAGCAGAGCGGUCCGAGUCCCCGCUCGGGACUCUGACAUGUAUCCAGCCUUGUGUAAAUAUUCAUUAAAUUUACUCCUUUAUUGGGAGCCGUUUUGCUCAUGGAAUAUAUUUUUUGGGACAAGCUAUCAGCCUGUGAAGCCUGUGUUAAAUCUAAAGGAGCUUUCUGCAGCCAAUCCAAACACAUUUGGUCAUGGCUUUGAAAAACAUUACCUCUCACAGAUAUAUAGUGUUCCACACCAGCGGGGAAUAUGGGUAAACAUUCGCCGUAUAGCUCUGAAAGGGAAGAGCGCGGCGGUGCCAGCGAUGCUCCGGUGGAAUUACCCGGGUGUCAGAUCCAGGAUCUUUGGAGGACUGGUGAUGUUAAACUUUAAAACACGCACAGGUACUCAUCCUGCAGCCUCCAGUGAAACCCGAGCCCCCCCGACUGUUUUUGCAACCUGCUAAUUCACAUGACGUACGGCGCGCUGUCAUGAAACUUCACUUUUUAUUACGUUUGGUGAUUAUUUUGGGAUAAAUCCACGGGACGCAGAGCGAGGGAAAAGAGUGUGAGUGGAAAUAAAAAACUCACAAGUGUGGCUUUCUGUCAGGAUUCCUGUUUGUUUCAGAGGUCAGGGAGGUUCAGGGUCUGUGAUCUGUGGAGAGAAAGAUGGUCCAGUCCCAAAAACUGCAGUUCCUUCAGCGGCCACUCGGGGCAGACUCCGAAAGUGAGUCAUUUCACAUUCAGCAGAAUUGAGCGUGUUUUCAGACUCUCUGAGACGAUCAUCCUCUUUGCUUUGAGUUAAAUGUCCUAAAGGUCAUGGCGUCACUUUUUCAACGUUAGCAUGAAUGGGUAUCUGUGCUAACUGUUUAUUUCAACGAAACGCCAAACUGUCGCACUUGCAGGAGGCGCUCAUGGCGGCGGUGGCUGCUGCACGGUCCAAACUCUUUGUUAUGGAGCUGUCAGUGAAACAUUAUAAAGCUCUCUCACAUCGCUCAGAUUUUCACACUCUUGGCUGUGUGUCAUAUUCAAACUCCACGAGUUUCACUCUGCCUCCCUCGAUAAAGCCCAAAUAAAUCUCAAACUUAUGAGACAUCACCUUCGCUUUCAAAUCCCGAGGAAAAACAAAACAUCACAUUUUGGCCCGCAGCGACGACUUGGGAGCCGUCCAACCGGAAAAGACGCCCAACAACCGUGUAAACAGUCGGUCACACGGCGAACCUGACAGCCAUAAAAAUAGAGUUUCCUUUUUUUCUGUCCUUUAGAGCGAGAGAGCGAACACGUGCAGAAGAACCAGGACCAGUGUCCGCUCUCCACCUGCAGCUCAACGCGCUGA